AUGCUUCCCAUCUUCAACACCUUCCCAACACCUAGCCUCUUCCUCUCAUCUUUCCAGAACAUAUACUAUCACACCUUAAAAUCUCACUUUCUCAUUCCAAAAUUAGAACCCGCCAAAAUUUUCAAUCAUGAAGUUUUCCUUUCACCUCUUCUUCAUUGUCAUCUGCAUCACUCUUUCACAAACCUCCGCUCGCUUCUUCCCCAAUAUAACCAACAUACCACCUUGGCUCCUCCCCAACGUCACCGUGCCCGGCGCUUCUGGCGCAUGGGACGCCUUCCAGAAGUUUGGGAACUGCCGCCCCGGUGAGAAGGUUGACGGUUUGGCCAAGCUCAAGAAGUACUUCAAUUACUUUGGCUACAUUCCGAACCUCCCUUCCAACUGCACAGACGACUUUGACGAUGAGCUCGAAUCGGCUCUAAAGACUUACCAGAAGAACUUCAAUCUUAAUGUCACCGGAGAGCUUGACACCGAAACCAUUAACCACCUAGUGCGUCCCCGCUGCGGCAAUGCUGACAUAGUCAACGGCUCGACCACUAUGAACUCCGGCAAGCCUAUGUCAUUUAACGGCUCCAAACUCCACACGGUCGGUCACUACUCAUUCUUCCCAGGAACUCCGGUCUGGCCAAGCGGCCGGCGGGAUCUUACUUUCGCGUUUUUACCGGAUAACGAGCUUUCCGACGAGGCGAAGGCCGUGUUCGUUAGGGCAUUCCAGAAAUGGUCGACUGUGAUUCCCAUGACCUUCACCGAGACGACAUCGUACUACACGGCAGACAUUAAAAUCGGAUUCUACGUCGGCGACCACGGCGACGGUGAGGCGUUUGACGGCGUUCUGGGAACUCUGGCGCAUGCCUUCUCUCCACCGAGCGGGAUGUUCCAUUUGGACGGAGACGAGAACUGGGUCAUCGGAGGUGACAUCACCACGUCGACAGUGUCGUCAGCCAUCGACCUGGAGUCGGUGGCGGUUCACGAGAUAGGCCACUUGUUAGGUUUGGGGCACUCUUCGGUAGAAGAGUCCAUCAUGUACCCUACGAUCACGUCGUUGACGAAAAAAGUUGACCUUGCAAACGACGACGUUCAAGGGGUUCAGUCAUUAUAUGGCGCCAACCCCAGUUACGAUGGCACCACUACGACGUCUACGCCGUCUGCUGAGGCGAGCGAAACGUCGGCAGCUGGGCACCACACAGCUUCGCGGUGGGCCAUUGGUCUAGUUGUGGCUGUGGGAUUGUUGUUGCUGUGGUUUUAAUUCUUUUGGGUCGGAUGAUAGGCCGGGCUUAUUGUUUAGACAUGAAUUAUUGAUGAUUGUUAUUAUUUUGGAAUUUAGGAAGGUAUACAUUUCUCUGUAUAUUCAUACGUACAACAUACUUUAUAAAAAUAUCUGGUUUCGUAAUCAUCUUGAGCUUGUUAAUUCUGGUAGCUUUGGCUCUAGCCUGCAAAGAAUUAAAGGAUCUGGUGUCUUUUUUAUU